CUUUUAGUUUGAUGUACAGCAUAAAGAGCAGUUGUUAGCUUGUUUGUGUUUCUGAAGCAACAAGAGGACAUGCAAACUGCAUUUGAAUUUGAUAAGAAAAUUCAGUUGGAAGUAAAACUAAAAGAGCUUGCAGCAAAAAGAGAGGUACUACUGUUUGUGUUCAUGUCACAACAAGAGUCAUACAAGCUGCAUUUUGGAUUUGAUAAGGAAAUUCAGCUGGCAGUAAAAUGCAAAAGGUGUGCAGCAGAUAGAGCAGUCUUCAGCUUUGUGUGUUCCUGCAGCAACAAGAGUCAUGCGAACUGCAUUUGGAUUUGAUAAGGAAAUUCAGUUGGAAUUAAACUAAAGAGUGGUUUGUGAAUACCACAAUGUGGAUAUCUCUGUUGCGUAGUGUUGUUGUAAAAAGUACCAGUGGAAGUAAACUAGCACUUCUCGAUCGGUUCGAGCACUUCUCGGUUAGGGACAUGUCCGAACUCAAGACUCUGUCUCGCAUAAGAUCACCAUUUUCUUUAUUCUGACCUUUUGCAAGGUUUAACAACAACCUUCAAGUACCAAGGAGUCAGGGGUGUGCUAGGCAUGAUGAGCUGCAAGGAACUAGGGAUUCUAGUCAAGGAGAUGGGAAAUUAACCUUCGUAUAUAGGAAAACAGCUAUUUUUUUGUUUUUGCAGAGAGAACUGAAGAGGAACAACAGACAGUAUGGUUUUAUGGCGAACGAGGAGGACUAUUCCACUGGUUCAACCAGGAGACUCGCACACCGAUGCCAGUCCCCAAUCCGGCCCAACGCCUCACCAGUCAGGUCCGGUAUCCGUUCCCUAUGCGGUACAUACCGUUACCUUAACCGGAACGCAGGAUCCCAUAGCUGCCGUGCAGAGCGCAAACACACCCGAUGGAACCACCAAGUAUGUUCCGAGGAAUGCACCACUGCGAAGUCCCGGAACCCAUGCAGGACGGAACCACAAGCAACAACAACGUGCACAAGAACCACCAGUCUUGCGACAUAGUCCAUCCUCUGUCAAAGUAACGCGAGCCGGGUCAGCGAAAACAAAACGACAUGUAACUGUAACAACGAAAGUUAAAGCUGAAUCUAAUUCAGAUUCAGUUUCACAAAACGCAACAAAUCGAGACGCUCUGCUCUCAUCGAGAAUUAGGCGAGAAGAGAUCAGUGACGAUGGCGUUCCUGACUCUCAACUAACCUGGGCCUGGAAUGGAAGCCUAACUUCUAAACCUAGUGCUCUAAAUUUCGAAACAAAGACCCCUGAAAUGACCAGGAAAAAAACAAAUUCACCGAACUUCACAAGGACUAGGCGAAAGUCUAUAGCACUUCCGGUGACCCACCCGAAUCAGUAUGAAAACCACCCGAAUCUUAACGAAAACCACCCGAAUCUACACGAGGUGCAUUCGUGCGCCAGGCCGAAGAGUGGGUCUCUUGCAGCCAGGAGACAGAACCCACGGGCAGGUGUGUCUUCUAGGAGUUGGGUUACACCGACCAGUCCAGGAGAAUCAACCUGCCGGGAGCUUGCUACCAAGAGCCCGGGGUCUACAUCCCGGUGCCCCUCCCCACAGCCUUCUUUUGCGAGCGAGUACAUUGCCGAGAUCUUCCAGACCAGUGAUAGGUUCUUAAUGUCUAGGCCUGGCUCCGGGAGGCCUGGGUCGAGUAGGCCAGGCUCUGGGAGGCCAGGCUCUGGGAGGCCUUCAAGCGCCCGUCCACGACCGCCUAGACCUGCAAGUGCUCGCCCCCCAUCCGGCAAGUCAGGCUCAUACAGGGCACGCCCAGCAAGCGCCUUCCCUACAACGAGGUAUGCCAAGAACAGUGCUCUUGUUGACCGAAACCUGCAUCUUAAAGAGGAUGACACAAGGCAACAUUUGAGGGUGAAACUAGACAACGAAAUGUUUCAGGAAGAAGAGACUAAAAUGUCAUCCGGGGAUAGUGGAAAGGAAGUUAGCCAAGCUAAAAAGAACUUUACGGAUGAAAUCAAUGAGACGUUUUCUAUCACCGACAACCGUGUUUCUCAAGCCAGAUUUUCAGAUUCGGGGACAACCCCUGACUCGGCAGUUACUGGUCGAUUUCAGAACCUUUCGAUGGAGAGAGUUGAUUUAGGCAACCCAUCCCGUCUUUGUGAUGAAAGUGAUAAAAGUAGCCAACCAGAAACAAUCAUGGAGAGUGAGCAAGUCUUCCUCCCGCAUGACCCCACAAGGGUAGAAGAUUGCUCGCAACCGCUCGACUUCAAAUUAAAUGAAAGGCAUGGUUGCACAACAGAGAGUGAAGUAGAAUUAUACUCAAGUGGGAUUGCCGACGAAUCAAGGCUAGUCAUUCAAUCCCAGCUCCACACCCAGCAACUCUCUGACCAAGUCGAAAGCUUCGCUUCGCUGGGCCUCCAGGACAGCAGCUCCGGGGCUGCGAAGGGACACGUCCCUCACCCGGAGGGACCUCGACCUUCUACGGUCACCAGGGCAAGCUUGGAGGCGCGAUUCCAAGAAGAGAAGGCGGCCAUACUUGGUGAUCUUAAGAGGGACUUGGCGCAGAGGUUGAAACUGAGAAAGAAAAGUGGUAUUAUGAGCGAUGGUGUCUUCCAGCAACAGAUCAGGAGUAGUUUCUGGACUGCGGAUAUGUUGUAUCACCGAUGGGGAAGUGAUCUACUUGAAAUGAGGACUAAAUGGAAAGCUGCUACCGGCAACUUUGAGGAUAAUGAGGAUGACGUCAGAGAACCAGACUUCCCAAGGGAGCGGCGAUUGGCGUUUUCCAAUGACCGCAACGAAGAGACAAAUCUACUGGACUUUGAAGCGCUAAGAUCUAUGGCGGCUGCCAUGAACCCAGCAUUACGUCGCACAAAAUCAACUGAUACGCCCUCUUCCGGUGGUUCCCCGACAACUUCCCAGGUCAACUUCGCCAAGGCACAUCCGGUUCUGAAGCCAGCUAUGACGAGCGGCAGCCUGAGGUCAACGCCCCCACUCAGCAGAACCGGAAGUCGAGUUGAUAUGCGCCCUCUUGUGUUGACCUUAGCCGAUUAUAAACCUAAAGAAGCAGAGGAUGGAAUGGCUGAUGACGAAACUCCAGAAGGCAGGAAAUCAAGGCUGAGGGCGCUCUUCGUAGCCAUCGUGAUGAAAGUGGUGAGAAUUACUCGAGUUGCAAUCUGUAUGAUACGCGCUUCUAAGGAGCUGAACAUCGACACAUUCUUGGCCCAGCUUCACUUCUAUAACACGAGAACCAUGGAGGAAGAACUGACAUUCGAAAAAGAAAAAUAUUCGAGAAAAUACUCCAAACUUCACGUUCCGAACUGGGCUCGAAAGAUUGGCCUGAAACCACCCUGGGAGCGUACUCCCGAUGACGUCAUGGCCCUCUAUAGUAUCCUGAAGAAUCUGAAGAGUUUCGAACGAUUCACACACCAAAUGAGAAUGGAAAUCUGUAGAGCGGCUACCUACAGCUGUUGCGAAAAGGGGCGUGUCAUAUUACGUCAGGGUCACGUGGGACACAACUUUUACUUCAUCUUUUCGGGGUCCGUCUUCGUUCAGAUUGACAUCGCUGACGCACAGACAGGGGUCGUGACCCCAGAGACUACGUGCGUCAUGGAGAAGGGGUCAAGCUUUGGGGAGCUGGCUCUUUUAGGAACUGGUAGACGGACUGCCUCCAUCAUUUGUCGAGAAAACACGGAGCUCUUUGAGAUCGAGAAAGAAACAUUCAUGGAACUGUGCCCUGAUAUGUUCGAGAAGGAACUGGAAGAGAAAAUUGAUACUGCAAAGAGGCAGGACAUUUUCUCAAAGUUUCCAGCCAGCGACUUGAAGCUGUUGUGUUUUCACUCCUUCAUUGAAGAGGUUGCUUAUGGACAGGUCAUUGAGCUAGACACUGCAAAUACAGACACCAUUUAUUUCAUUAUCAAAGGUAAAAUCACUUUAUUGAAGGAGUUUGACCUUUCAACUAUCCAACCCGAGGACCGCGUAGCGAUCCAGACAUUCGGCAACAAGGAUCUACCGACGCCGAGACCUGGCCAGGAAUGUAACAAUAGAGGGCGGCAGAUGUUGCUUCCACAGGCUACAGACACCAAUAAAUGUUUUUUGAGGGUUGGUGAGCUUCGCGAUGGUGGAUGUACGGAAAUUUCCAUAUUGCACCCAAACUCAAAGAUCCGGUCGCAGGCAGCCGGCGUUACGCUGGUAAGCAACGGCGUCCGACUGAUGAGGAUGUCCAAACGGACAUUCGAGCAGUACGCGCCUAGAGUAGUCAUGGAGAUACUUUGGAAACAACCGGUGAAACCACUGAGAGUUCCGUGCCAGGAAGAGCUGUACCGGAAGUACUUGGGAGAUGUCAACUGGUCUGGUUUCAAGUCGAAAGUGGUGGAGACGUUACACGAGGAGAAGACAGGCGCCCUCAUCGCCAGCAAACCGUCAACAUCAAAGGGAUCUACUGGGUGGGCGAAAUGGCCAGGAUCAAGGUCAAAUGCUAAACGUGUCAAGAGUGGUGUACGUAUUGUCGCGAUAGCCAAAUAGCUACCUCCACUCCCCAUAUUACAACACACAAUAAUUUACGAAGCGCUCAUAGAUCAUAGCGCAAGUUAAAACAAUUGAAGUAAAAAACGAGAGUAUUUAGAACAUUAUUAUUAUUCCCAAAUGACAGUUUGAAGACUGUUCAAAGUUGGUGGACCAACUACACUAACAGCUGUUUGGCCUAGAACUUUGUUUGGGGAACGUUCAAGCGAGUGAUGUCAAGUGUGGACCGAAUAAAUCGUGGAGGAGUGUAAUGUGACAGAAAGUGAGAACGACACACACACACAAACGAACAAGUGCAAGAAGAACAUGAAGAAAAAGAAAAAAAAAAAAAAACAGAGACAGAAAACAAAAAUGAAUAAUGGCAGAAUAUAAUUAUAAAACGUACAAUGUAAAAAAGAAAGUUGACACGAAGUGCAGCAAAGCCAAGAGAUAAUAUUAACUAUCGCUGGAAAGAAAAACUUCACCCACCCACCCGGUGAUUAUCAUAUCCCUAUAGCACUUCUGAAAACCCAGCCUUACAUCGCAAAAUACACUCCCCUCAUCCCACGCACCCGACCCCCCGUCCAAAGGCCCUUUUCUUCAUGAAGAAACAAAAAGAGGGAGAUAGUUUAGAUAAAUAAUUCAUACAUCAAUAAGAUAUCCAAUUACAUUAUCGUUUGAAAGAAACGGAACGAUUCUGUUUGCAUUGUUUUUGAAAGGGGCAAGGUCCCAAACACAGUUUCUCCUUUGUAAAGGGAUAUAAGGAAGUUGUAGUUUGAAAAGUAAAAACACCCUUGUCACACGAAGUUGUGUGC